CAGGGCCCGGCCCAGAUGGUUCCUGUUGAGGAAGCGGUGGGCACAGCUGCAGGCCGCUUCCCCGGCCGGCCCUACUAUCACAGUGACACAGCUGGCUGCCCGGCCCGCGGGCUGCAGGGAGACCUCCCCCACCGGCGCCUCCCCAGGCCCGCCCUGCGUCACAUGAGCCCCUGCAGCCUCCCGCCCCCUCCCCAGGCCGGCGGGCACGGCUGCUGGAAGGCGUGGAGCUGUCUGGGGGACAGAGGCCGCCGGCUGCCGGAGAGCCGGGCCGGCCGCGGCCCUCUUCCCUCCCUUGUGGCCCCACGAGGUCAGGAAGGGCGCUCACGUCGGCCCCCAGAGGGCUGCUCACCUGUCGCCCGGCGCCAGGACUGCCUCCCGGACCCACCUCCAGUCCUAUGUCCCUGGCGUCCCCCUGUGCUGGAGAGCGUCGCUGCGUCCACCGGCUGCUCAGUGCCCCGGGGUUCCCAGGAAGGGCAGCCAGUGGACGCGAAGGACGAGACAGCAGCGAUGCCCGACUCUCCCGCCGAGGUGAAGAGUCAGCCCCGCUCCACGCCUCCCAGCAUGCCGCCCCCGCCGCCUGCCGCGUCCCAGGGGGCCACUCGGCUCCCCUCCUUCACGCCGCACACAAAUCGAGAGGACGGGCCCACGAUGUCCCUGCCCCACGGCCGUUUUCAUGGCUGCUUAAAAUGGUCUAUGGUCUGUCUUUUAAUGAACGGCACCCACUCGCCGACGGCCGUCAACGGUGCGCCGUCCACACCCAGUGGCUUCAGCAAUGGCCCGGCCACCUCGUCCACCGCCUCCCUGUCCACGCAGCACCUGCCCCCGGCCUGCGGGGCGCGGCAGCUCAGCAAGCUGAAACGCUUCCUCACCACCCUGCAGCAGUUCGGCAGUGACAUCUCCCCGGAGAUCGGGGAGCGCGUGCGCACGCUGGUGCUGGGGCUCGUGAACUCCACGCUGACCAUCGAAGAGUUCCAUUCCAAGCUCCAAGAGGCCACCAACUUCCCUCUGCGUCCGUUCGUCGUCCCCUUCCUAAAGGCUAACCUUCCCCUGCUGCAGAGGGAGCUCCUGCACUGUGCCCGCCUGGCCAAGCAGACCCCUGCCCAGUACCUGGCCCAGCAUGAGCAGCUCCUGCUCGACGCCAACGCCUCCUCCCCCAUCGACUCCUCGGAGCUCCUUCUGGAGGUCAACGAGAACGGCAAGAGAAGGACGCCUGACCGGACCAAAGAGAAUGGGUCAGACCGUGACCCGCUGCACCCCGACCACGUCAGCAAACGGCCGUGCACCCUGAGCCCCGCCCAGCGCUACAGCCCCAGCCACGGGCCGCCCCAGCCCACGCCGCCGCCGCCGCCGCACUACCGUCUGGAGGACAUGGCCAUGGCCCACCACUUCCGUGACCCCUACCGCCAUCACGAGCCCCGGGAGCUGCGGGAGCGCCAUCGGCAGCUUGCGGUACACGGGUCCCGGCAGGAGGAAGUGAUCGACCACCGCCUCACGGAGCGGGAGUGGGCAGAGGAGUGGAAGCACCUGAACAACCUGCUGAACUGCAUCAUGGACAUGGCUGAGAAGACUCGACGGUCGCUCACCGUGCUGCGUCAGUGCCAAGAGGCCGACCGCGAGGAGAUCAACCACUGGAUCCGGCGCUACAGCGACACCGAGGACCCCAAGAAGGGCCCCGUGCCUGCCGCUGCCCGGCCCCUCAACAGUUCCGUGGGUGCAGAGGGGUCUCAGCUAGACGCCCACCGGGAGUUCAUGCCCAGGACCCUCUCUGGCUACAUGCCCGAGGAGAUCUGGAGGAAGGCUGAAGAGGCUGUGAAUGAGGUGAAGCGGCAGGCGAUGUCGGAGCUGCAAAAGGCGGUGUCGGACGCGGAGCGAAAGGCCCACGAGCUCAUCAGCACAGAGCGCGCCAAGAUGGAGAGGGCCCUGGCAGAGGCCCGGCGGCAGGCCUCAGAAGACGCCCUGACUGUCAUCAACCAGCAGGAGGACUCCAGCGAGGUAGGGCCACCCAGCCUCCAGGUUCCAGACCCUGAAGCCCCACUCCGUCGCCUCCCAGCCUCAUGACCUUGGGCGGCCGGUGAGGCGGGUUCCCUGGGCAGAUGUGGACGCUGAGGGCUCCAGAGGGUAGGUGGCUGGCUCUAGGCUGCGCCCUAGGAAGUCACAGGCCGUUCAACCUGUGACUCAAACCUCGGCCAGGAGAUGCUGAAGCCCGCGCUCGCAGUAACCUGUGCAAGCGGCAGCCGCGAGGGGCGUGGAGACCCCACGUGGCAUUUACAGGACAUCCUCAGCUACAGCCCGCGCAGCGGGCACGUGAGAGGCCUCGUCAUGCUGGUGCCCCGGCAUCCGGAGGCUGGCCGGGGUCAAGCAGGUGCAGGGAGGCCCUUUCCUCCUGGUCCGAAAAGGACUCGAUGUCAGGGAAGUUAGGGAAGGGGGGAAAGAGUGGCCAGGAGGGAGUUCUAGAACUGUCCUUUGGGACAGGACACGUCUCGAAAACACCAUGGUACGUGUGUGCUUGGGCCAGCCUGGAGGGUCGGCCCCCGUGUCUGCUCCGGCUGCUCCAGCAGACAGCCUGAGCUCCGGAGAAGCAGGCAGGUCAGAACAGGCAGACCUCCCGGGGGCAGGUGCCAGGGAAGAUGCCACGCCGUAGCAGUGACGUGGGAACAGAGUCCUGGAGGAGGUGAGCCAGGCAGGCAGGCAUCUGGGGGAAAAUUGCCACCCCGAGGAGGGAGCAGCAAAGACAGAGGCCGGGGGCAUGCCUGGCAGAGUGAGGACCACAAGGAGGCCGACGUGGCCGAGCGGAGAGCGCCAAGAGGCUUCGGCGGCUAGCUAGACACUGGGCCUUUGUCCUGGGCGGGUGGUUGAGGUUACCGCUCAUCCACAGAAAGGGAGCAGAGGCCCAGUGGCCCGGGCGGGUGUGUGCGAGGCAGGCCUGGCCGUGCACCCCACGUUGGAGCCUGGCGGUCUUUGGCCAGAGCUGCCGUGUUCUAUGGUCAGAGCCCAGGUGAGCCCAGGAGGGCUUCCUGGAAGAGAGGAGCGGGGGGUGCUGUGGCUGCCUCCCCUCGUGAGGACCCCAUGGUCCCACAAACUCAGCAUAACCCUGUCUGGAGUGGGCGGAGCUGUGUGCCUCCGUGGUGGGAGCCCACCCCCCAGGAGGGCCCAGCCAAGUGGCCAUGUCCACUGGGGGCCGCCCACAAGCUCUGGUAAGGUCGGGCUUUUCUCUUGUCACCCCAUGAUGCGUGGCCAGGUCCCCAUGAUGCCAUGGCCGCGUCCCCGUGACCCCGUGGCCAGGUCUCCAUGAUGCCGUGGCCACAUCCCC